UAGCUGAAACCUUGCGAGCUUCACACCGUAAUUUAUCCCCUCAGUAAACACACGCCACCCGUUUAAGUACUGUUAAAAUGCCGUGUCAAGUGGAUUGGAAGCGAGUUGUCCUCGUCUACGUUCUUCAGAUUUAUUCCUAUACAGCUGCAGUAGUCGUUUGGGUACAGUUAGACGUACCCAGAUACGUAGAAUAUCGAAGCACUGUAACAUUAAUCUGCAACCACAGCGUAUCUGAGAAUGUUUUGCAUAAGAUUGAAUUCAUACGAAAUGAGUACAAGAUAUUUCAGUACAUCAAAGAUCGGACACCACCAACUCAGAUGCACAAAGUUCCAGGGGCCGAAUUGCAGCCAACGUCUGCGAUGAACGUGAUUAAGUUGAAGGACGUUGGAUUUGAGGCGUCUGGAGUUUAUUCCUGCGACGUAUCAAUGGCGACUCCGAUUUACACUGUGGGUUCGGAUUCCGUAAACAUGGAAGUUAUUGUGCCUCAAUCGGAAGAUCCACGUAUAACAUUUAAGAAGCCUUAUUACGUUGUGGGAGAAAUCCUUGAAGCUAAUUGUACUUCGUCCCCCGCACAUCCGGCUCCCCAUAUAACUUGGUUCAUAAAUGGCAAAGAGGUUGACGUUUUCCUGGUCAGAACAUUUCCCAUUAAAACACGUGAAAAUCAGCUGAUGUCAACGGUUGCGCAAUUGAGCAUUGAGGUAUCAGCUCUGCAUGCCGGUGAGAACGGGCGUUUAGAGAUCAGUUGCAAUUCAACGAUACCAACUUACCCGAUGCAGAACGGGCAGUAUGCUGAUUUCAAAUCAGAGACUAAGUCAAUUAAAAUCAUUUCUGUUCCUCUCACUCCGUCAACGGCGUCCAGCUGUCACCGAGAGAACGCCGUCUUGUUGACAAUCAGCGGAAUUAUCGCGACUAACGGAAUAACUAAUUAUUUGCAAUCGAUAGUCGUAAAACUAUUAGGUCUAAAUCUUAUUGUACCAUAAAAAUAUUUUACUUAUAUAUACGUAUAUAUUUAUAAAUCUAACAGGAUAAUAAUUAAAAAUGCAACGAUGCAUGGUAACUUGGAAAAUAUAUUGAAGUUUAAAUCAACCAUUGCGGGUAUCAAUAUUAAAUAUACGAUAAUAUAAACAGGGGAGAACAAUAUCAAAAUUUUUAUAUUUUUUUUUUUAGGUUUCUUAAAACGUUUUGUUUUAUUACCGCAGACCAUCGACGAUUCACGAUGUACGAUUUUUCGUUAUUUAUUUCUGAUUUUUGCAAAACUUUAUUCAAAUAACACAGUUAUAUUGGCGGACAUAAUCAGCAGAAUGCUUUUGAGUUUAAUCGGAAAGUUAGGAAACAAGUCAUUGAAAGAAAAAAACUGGACUGGUUUUGUUAAUUCCAUUACGAGCCUUCUUCCCUGUAGUUAUCGAUAUAUGUACUUAAAUUGGAAUCAUGCCAAGGUUGGAUUAUAUUUCCACUUGAUCUUGCACUCUCUGUUGCAUCUUAUGAGUGGCAUAAAUUUUAUUCUUUUUUUAUACAUGUAUGGGCGACCGACAAUUACUUUAUUGGCUUAGUAAACAAAUAAUUAUACGUGUUCUCAAUAUAUUAUAUAUUUUUGUGGCAAAUUUGAGGAUGCAGAAGAAAUAGGUAAAAGAUAAAAUAAAAAUUAAAAGUAAAAUAAUUCUUCACGUCAACAGGAUCAAUUACAUCAGUCUCUUUAUACUAUUUCAAGGUAUAUAAAUAUAUACCCAUGAGCGAUUUACAUGAAAUUAGCUCGCGUUAAUUGUACUGAUUGAAAUGGGAUUCAGCAUAUAGGCGUGGCUGAGUAAUAUGGCGCCAAAAAGCACGCCGUUUGGAAAAAAAACACCGCCAGUAUCAAGGUACGGAAAACUCUGUGCAUCACUGUAAUUUUGGGAUUUUCUUGUGUUGAAUCGAUUCUUGGUAAGAAAGAGGCGAGAAAAACACUUUCAAAAUUAAACGCAAUCAUUUCUGAGCUCCACAUUUUCGAUUAAAGGAUGGCGUCUUGCGAUAUGUUGGAUCCCGAUGGUACAGGUAUAAUAAUAAACACAGACCGGGUUUGCCAAAUUCAUCUGUUGAACGUCCUUCUUUAGGAACGCAUAAUGAUGUGAAUCAAUGUAGUGUAUAAUUAUAGUAAAUGUGAAGUUUGCAUAUCAUAUGUAUAUAAGUAGCUGUAUAGAUGCCUUUAAGGUACCGUUAACGCGAGUUGACUAAACAACCACAAAUAUGAUCAAGCUGUCUAAAAAUCGUGAAGUUGAAUUUUAUACAUAUUGUAUCGUCUAUUAUAUUUUUGGCAUGAUAUACAGAGCCUUGUUCAAUUCAACUUUGAAACGAUCGUUAACGCAUGGGAAUAACAAUUAUGUCAAGUACUAUACGCAAAUUUGUGUUUGAAUGAUUCUAUGAAUCAUAAGAGCUUAACUCCACAAGGCAACCUUAAACAUUAAUCUACAUAAAUAUGAACGAAUAGAUAAAUGAACACGUUAUACACGUCAUUUUAUGUGUAUUCAUGUCUGUCAGGUGACGAAACUUCCGUUCCUGGUUAGGCGUGACGUAAACGCGUGUGAAUCAAAUCAAUGUAACACAUAAAAAUUACUAUGUUUUAUAUAUACAAUAAAUGGGAUUUCACGUGUGUAUUAUAUUUGUAUGUAAAUUACAAAAUACGUAUAUUAUAAGAGUUUCGCCACUUGACAGAUUUAUAUAUAUGUGUACACGUGUAAUAUAUGUAGGUAUAAUAUCGAAUAGACUUUUAUGUAAAUGGUAGGAAUAUUUGACACGUAGAUGGCUUAGGACAGCUGCCGAGCACAUGACGAUCAAAAUUCGAUGGUCCCUAAUGAAAUUUAUGAUUGUAAAAGGUAAUCCAAGUAACUCUACGGACCUUGAUGAUAAAACAGUUAACUGCUGUGUAUAAGCACAGACCCAGAUGAUAAAACAGUUAAAUGCUCUGUAUAAGCACAGAAGAUAAUUGUUUUAUCAACAGGGUCUGUAUAGUUACUUGGAUUAUAAUCGUCACUCUAAAUUUAUAGGCUUUUUAUAAUCAGCCUCUCUAAAGUUGUGUGAAUUUUAUUAGAGGCGAUCAAAACCCUGUUCUGAGCCAUCAGAUGCUACCGGAUUGGCCAAUUUCAAACGGCUGUAGUUCGCAGACGACAAAUUUCUGAUAAGAAAUAAAAAACUCAUCAGUCGCAGGUCUUCACGAGGAAUACAUUGAUCGGCUAUAGGGCGAUAGUAACCCCGAACAUAACCUAUAAUAACUGAAACAAAACUGAUCAGAAAUAGGACAUUGUGUAUCAAGGGCGGAUCGCCUUCCUUUCUUUGCAAGAAACUCCGGUUUUCACACACACUUCGCCAGGAAAUGGACAUGGAACUUGUCGGCCACUUCGCAAGUGCGAAAAUGCGGGUUUUCAAGGGUGUUUCGACGGAAAUACCUAUAAUUACAAUAAAAAUCCGAAAAUUAAUCCUUUCCAAUUUCGAAUUGAAAAUGAAACAAAAAUAAUAAUAAUAUGGGGCUAACGAAACGACGUGGACUAGAGAGAAUUAGGAAGAAUAUAAUAUCGCCACAUGUACAGUAGAAAUAAAAAGAACUCUUCAUCUGCGACAGUGUUGAAAUUUAAAAAAUGGAAAAUUUUUGUCACUGCAAUUGUUCGAUCUGAGUAUUUAAACGUAAUUGCGAAUUACUAAUCAAUAAUCGUCAGUUUUACGUGGCAAAAUUUGUUCAUUCUGAAUUUGAAAAAUGUUUUCUUUCCUCUGGCAAAUGGAAUAACGUUUCCCUAAUUAGGUUGGAAACGAAUACGACUUUACGGCAUUCGAUUUUCUGUCAAUUUUGUGUGUCGCUAUAGCCGAGAAUACGAUUUGAAUAUUGGAAAGGUGACUGUAAACUUUACGAUCCUUCUCGGUAGUCCCCACGCCAAAUAGACAGAAGCAAGCGAUCGCAAAUCAGUGUGAAGACUUUUUUCCUCGUUUGCCACUUAUCCAAAUCUGAUGCUUAUAUGAUGCGUUCCGCCGGUAAUAAUUGUAAGUUGUUGUCUACAAUUGUAGCGCUCACAAAGAUAUUGUAAUAUAUGUAUCUAUGCAAAUUAUCAAAAUUGCCAUAUUGUAACGAUACGAUCGAAAAAAUCAAAUCGAUCGGCUGCAUAAUGCUUGCAAGGAAAUGAGCGUGAAUCGUCGAUUGCGAUCGAACAUAUCAGGACAAGCAAUAUAGUACCGAAGAAACAGUUGAUCUUUGUAGGGGCAAAAUACGGUGAUAUCAAGGUGCAAAAAAACUCGAUAAACUGGCUGUUUUUACUUUGUCACAAUAAGCCGAUUUGCAGUAGACCAUAGAAAAAAAAAACGACUCUCAAAGCCAAACAUACAGCUCGGUUUUCGAUCAAUGGAU